AAUCAGUCAGAAUCAAAAUAACAAAUGCCUACUUAAAAUUAUCGAAAAUGUCAGACAAAAGCGUUAUUCAUAGUAACAAUUAUUAACGUUUUUUAUUGUUGUCUAUACUGUACUUUAAUUUUGUAUUUCAUAUUGUUAUAGUCAUGGCGAUUUCUUCCGGCCAGAUAUGGGCACACAAUGUUGCUUAAUUUAUUUUAAUGGCAUUAUAAAUUUGCAUUAACUUAAUAUAAUUAGUUUUCUAUACUAGUGCACAGUUAUUCUGCUUAUCGGCCAACAGAUGCACAUAAAGGUGUAAAAUCUCAAGUAUUUUGUAUGGAAGUCAAACAUUUUGCAACCUUUAUGACUUUAUGACACGUUUUUGCACAUUUCAUUUAGCGCCACUAUCUUCAGAUGUGUUCUAAAUCCAUUAUUAAAACAUUAUUAAACACAUGUAUACAUGCCCUUUCUGAAGAAUUAAAAUUUUACUGAUUUAAAUGUACAUAAGAUUCGUGUAGGCUAUACAAAUUUCAACUCAUCAAAAUGUAUGACCUAAUUGUAGACAAUACCUAAAGUUGACAUAUUAUAAACUACGUUAUAAACUAUGUAAUACAAGAUUAAAACAGACAUGUCAACAGAUGUUGUUUAAAUAGACAUUACUGAUUUCUAUUUAUAGAACGAGAAAUGUUUUGGUUUUUCCUAUUUACCGCCGAUCAUGAAUAUUUAUAAAGCCAUUUUUUUCAUGGGUCGAUACGUUCGAUAUUUUGUACUGAACACGGUUGGAUAUACAAUUUCAUUAUGGAAUCUCUCAAAUUAGGAGUUAUGUAUGUUGAGAGUCAUUCACGGAGAUUGUACGGAUGUAUAGAGAAAAUGUCGCUAAAUAUUGGUGAUAAAUGUGACAAUUUUAUGUAUAUAACAUCAGCAAGGAGAAAAUACUGGUGCGAAGUGCUCCUACGGUUACCCCUGUUGUUCAUUAUACAUCAGUGGUUACUAGUCAGUCCAUAUUCUAACUACUGGAUUAUUGAUAUAGUUCUUUUCAUCGUAAGAUAUGGAGUUGCUCUUAUUUUGGCCGGAUCUUGGGCUUACAACAGCGGAGUUCUUCUUCAAGUCUACAUUACACUUACAUUCGACAUAACGAUGGCCUGGAUUAAAUACAUCGACUACUGGACAUACCAAGAUGAAGCUUAUGAAAUGUGUCAUGAUAAGAGCGUGCUAGUGUGGUCAGAUGUGACAGACAAUGUAAGGUUACCAUUGAUUUGCUCAAUUAUACUGCAACUGAUAUAUCUUUGCACAAGACCAGGAGAAUUAAGUCAUAGAUCGAAGGACGAUGGACCAUCAAUGUUAUAUAUUGGAUUACUGUCAACACUGGUUCCCAAAAUUUUGAGCACUCUUAGUAUAUUUCCUACCUUUAUGUCAGAAUUGUCGUACUGGAUUGACAUUUUUUUACUGAUUGUAAUAAUUGUUUUUGAGGUUGUCACACUGAUGGACAUAGAUGCAGCAGUUGACAGAAAGAAGCUUAUGUCUCUGAUCGCCAAGUAUACACAAACAAAUGAAAUUGAAACAAAAAAUAAAUAUAAUCAGCAAUUGCAGAUGUAAACCGUCGUAUAGAGAACCGAAAUAAAGGACAAACUAUUAUAGCUAGUUUUCCAGGAAAAUGGUUUGUAAGAGAUUCCAUUUUGUUCUUUGGGAUUGCUUAUCUAGCAAUUAUGUUAUUAAUUGAGGUUACAGUCUAUCAAAGACCAAUAUUGUCGUUUAUGUCAUUAAACACUUACCUAAAAGUUCUUGCAAGAUGGUGCACUACGCAUGUUAGUGUACUCGUCAUUUCUUACGUCUUGGGUUUAUUGUCCAACGUUACUGUUGCCCUAGGUAACUGGUUCUUGACAACAGAAAUCCACCUCGUUGAGGCCUUCAAUGCUAAUAUUGGUGGAGUUGUCCAAGUUGUUGCACUUAUUACAUUUACUGAAGCAAAUGUGCUGGCUUUGGAAGAUGAGGAAAAAGUUGAUGCUAUGGCGCUUAUAGCGUUUUUGACGAUGUAUGCUAUUGUAUUUCAAACACUUGCUGUUCUUGAGCAGAAAAUUUUCCAAGCAGUUAAUAACGGAACUUCCCCUGGAGUAUUAUUCUACAUGCGUGCGAUUAUUCUCAGCGGAUUACUUGUCACUAUUCCAUCCUUAUCUACUUUGGUUGUAUCUAGAAAUUUGAAUUUAAGUCCAUGGCUCCUAUUUUUUGCAUCCGGAAAUUCCACUUUAGUUGUUCGUGCAGUCACUUUAAUGUUAGAAUCUGUCUUAAUGAAAUGCACGUGGUAUACAUCAAAUCAUGUUACUAAAAUCGAGGACUUUCUACAUUAUACUAGGGCUUGUAAAACAUUUGUCCUACUUUUACUGAACUGUGUACAGUGCUAUUGUAGAUAUAUCUGUCCAUUUUUCAAAGGAUGGUGGUUUAUGCGUCUCUGCCUUGCUUUGUUCAGUUUGGUAGCAGUGGCUGGAAUCCUCGGAUUAAAUGAAUUUAACAGAUACAAAAGUAGACAAAAAAUGUUUACACUUCUUAGAAACCUACAAGAUGUGGUAUUUCAUGCUGAAUCAAGUGACGCAGAUGACACACAUGAGUGCGCCAUAUGCUACCUUGUAAUGACAAACGCAAAGAAAUUACCUUGUAAUCAUAUCUUUCAUUAUGAUUGCUUAAGGAAAUGGUUUCUAGUUAGAACAGUGUGUCCAUUGUGUAACACUGAAAUCAGGGAUGAGAAUAUCCAAGUGCAAGAAAAUCAAUAAUUAUAAAUAAUCACAAUAAUUUUGCAUCUUAAAUAUUUAACUUAAUUAUGAUAACUCAAUUUUGGCACCACUGUCAAAUAAAGUGAAAAGGUCUGAUUUCUUUAAAGUGAAGGUUUAGUUUGUAAAUGUCUUGUACAUUAUACUCUGUAAAUAACUUGUUCAUUAAUAGUUUAUAAAUGUUAAGUUUGUAAAUGUUUUGUUAUCUCGGGUUGGUAUUUAUUUUAUACUUAUACCGUUUAAAAGAUGAAAUAUGUUAUCAAAAUCAAAUGGCUUUUAAAGUAAUAUAAGUUUUUUUUAAUUUAACAUUUAAAUAGCAUAGAUGUAUAAUAUUUCAGUUAAAGAAUAUCCAUUGAAAUUGACUGCAUAAUUCUGGAAAGAAUUAUUCAACAGUUUUAAACACAUUUUAGAUAACAUACUUUGAAACAGUGUAAAUGUUGAAAUACUAGUUUGACAUGGUUUCUUUUUUUAAAUGCUUAGCUUUUAUAUCAUUUAUAUUAUACCAUCAUUUAAUAUAUCAAUAUACAAAUAUUAUAUGAACAUUAAGUUUGUCAUUGGAUUUGUUUGAUGGUUCAAGUAUUUUUUAUUAAAGCACUGUACAUGUUUUUUUUAGAUUUGC